CCCAAUCCCAGUCCCAUCUCCCCCCGCCGCCCCGGCCCCGCCGUCUCUCCGAGCCACCGCCGCUCCCGAGGUAUCACCCCUGCCCCCUCCCUCGCCCCCCAGACAGACGACGGAGUCUGAAACACUCUCGCACUUUCUUCCGCCCCGGAUUCGUACCGAUCUCUUCCGCGUCCUGCUUCAGAUUACCUCUCCGGUCUCCGCUCGCACCUUAGAGCUCGCCGUCGCACCGCAUCGCAUUGCGGCGCGCGAUCCGUCCUUCACCUACGGGCAUUUCAAAUGACUAUCACAUACAGAUGUAUGUAGACAUAUUUUAGAGUGUAGAUUCACUCAUUUUACUCCGUAUGUAGUCACUUGUUGAAAUGCCUAGAAAGACAAGUAUUUAGGAACGGAGGGAGUAUGUUCUAGUGAUGGAUCAGAGCGAGGGCUCCGCCAGGAUUGUGCGAGGCAGAGGCAGGAACAAGAGGAAGUGGACAAUGGACGAGGACGAGGAGCUGGUCAGGGCCCUCUGCGAGGUGUCCACCGACCCCAGGUUCAGGGCCGAAGGAGGGGGCUUCAAGAACUGCUACACCCAGGGGAUAGAGGGCCUCCUCGCGCAGCGGCUGCCUGGCCGCGGCAUCAGGGCCAGCCCGCACGUCGACUCCCGGCUCAAGGUGCUGAAGCGCAAGUUCCACGCGAUCAAGGAGAUGCUCGCGUCGCCGGGGUUCUCCUGGGACGGCUCCAGGAAGGUCGUCCGGUGCGAGAAGCAGCGAUACGACGACUACUGCAAAGAUAAUCCUAGAGCCAGGGGGAUGUACGGUAUUCCAUUUCCGCAUUUCGAUGUGUUUGAUGCGGUGUAUGGCAAGGAUAGAGCCGCUAGAGAAGUGGUUGAAGUGUCCGAGGAAGCCACCGCCGACAUGGAGAAUGGGAAUACAAGUGAAGCCGGGGAUGAUGAAGGGGAGGAAGAUCAGAUGUGCACCGGACCGUCAGGUCGCUCCCUGGAUGCUACUUCGAGCUAUAAAAAGCAGGAAAGAUGUAAGAAUGGCGGUAAAAGGAACAGGGCUGAAUCGAAUUGCCCAUCUCCGGACACGUUGAAGGAUGUGCGUGGUCACUACCAACGCGCCAACCAGCAUGUCGACACGAUGGCCGAAGCAAUGGAGCUGUUCAAGGAUGUACACAGACACUUUCAGAGUGUUGUUCAGCAUGCCGGCGCCAUGGCAGCAGCAAUGGAGGCGUUCAAGGGCGCAUAUGAUCAAUUUCAGAGUGUUGUUCGGAAUGCAAGCACAGCCACAACAGCCAUGGAACAGUUCAAGGAUGCGCAUGAUCAGUUUCGAAGUAUCAUCCAGAAUGGCAGCGCGACUGAAGCAGUUAUUGAGCCUCAUGCUGAUCUGCGAGAAAGGUUGUCGCCUGAGAUGCCCCAACAGGAUGCCAGAGUAAGAGCCAUUGCCGAGAUGCAAAAGCUUGGGUUUACCGGAAGCGAAGUGGUCAGCGCUGCGAGUGUUUUCGCAAAGGAACCGGACCAAAUGGGCAUGUUUUUAGCACUACCCGAAAUCUACAGGAGGGAGUACAUACUCAAGAUGCUCAAUGGUGGUCAACCUCUCCGAUUUUAGCUUAAAGCAACAUGGAAUGAGUGAAGUUCUAGGAGUACAAAUUUAGUUUGGUUGCAGCAAUGACGGUUGAAAUUUUAGUCGUACAUAUGUAAAUGGUUGCAUAUCUAGCAUGUUCUAAUGCGCUGUGUUGGGGAGGUUAUCCUAUGACCGAGUAAAGCUCGGCGUUCCUCGGAACCGGAUACUCAGUCAUUCAUUUCCUUACACCAAGCAUCUGUACCGCUAGUGAUUCCAUGCUUGAAGAUGGUCCCAGUGAAUCCAUGCUUUUAAGUUGGUACGGCCCAAGGGUAGUGGGCAAUCUGUCCCGUUCCAAUUUAUUUUUUUAAUAGGUUUUCACCCGGUUUCCCUCAAAUAAGCCGAGCAAUCUGUUUUUCUUUCUUCUUUUUUGGCACUCGCCUUUUUGCGGUGCAUUCCUCCUUUGGAGGUGUUCUUGUAAUACCUCUUUCUAAUCAAUGAAUUUGGCAGCUCUCUUGCCAAGCUAGA